ACAUCCCUUGCUGCUCUGACCACACCGUUUGAGUAUAUCUUACAACCAAACUUUACUUUAAUUCAGCUGCAUCUUUUGGCACCCUCUCAAUUUCUCUAGACUUCGACUAGCCUUUUGGUUUGCAUUUAGCCUUUAUUUAUUAACCUCAGCGUUACCAUUGUUCUUUGAACCUGUCACCGUUACAUUACAUAAAAUUCAUAUCGGCAUCCUUGAUUAUCCAAUCAACCUCACCAUAUACGCAUCCUUGCCCUAGGUUUUGUUGAUAAAAUUCCGGAUCUACCGCUCUGAUUUAUUCCACAGGAUCUCGGAACAGGAAGUAUUUAUCAGGCUCAUUAGAUCCUCGUUCGUAUCUCAAAUCUCAUUCCGAAACUCUCUUUCACUAGAACAAGUCGGUAUCAGAAGAAAAAGGUAUUCUUUGCAUCUAUCCGAUUGAAUCUAUCUCAAACAACUUGAACAUGGCGACCUUUCCACCCAAACCAAUCCGUGUUUGGCUUACUCCCCCUGGACCUAACUCGUGGAAGGUUGUCGUUGUUCUAGAGGAACUUGGGCUCAACUACGAGAUCAAAUCCUUCAGUUUCGCAGACGUAAAAAAGAAGCCCUUCAUUGACGUGAACCCUAACGGCCGCGUCCCAGCUAUCGAAGACCCAAACACAGGCCUAACUCUUUGGGAGUCAGGCGCCAUCCUUCAAUAUGUAAUUGAACAAUACGAUACUGAGAAUCGCCUCUCAUAUGAGGGUAUCAAAGAGCGACAUCUUUGCUCCCAGUGGCUACACUUCCAAAUGAGCGGCCAAGGUCCCUAUUACGGUCAAGCUUCCUGGUUCCAGCACUUGCAUGUCGAUAAAAUUCCGUCCGCUAUUGAUCGUUAUUUCAACGAAAUUAAACGGAUCAAUGGUGUUCUCGAAGGUGUCCUUGCUGCGAAAGAAUCACAAUGGCUAGUUGGUGACAAGAUGACAUUCGCUGAUCUGUCCUUCAUGCCAUGGAACUUCCGUCUCAGCGAAGUCAUGAGCCGACCCUGGGAUGAAGUUUGGGAGGGCCUACCUCAUGUACGAGCUUGGCAUGAGAGCAUGGUUAACCUACCGUCGUGGAAGCGUUGUAUGGACAUUCGUGCUCACUGUAUGGACGAGCAGGGGUUGCAGUGGAACGGUGUCCCGAAGGGCAUCGAGACUUUCAACGACUAUGAGAAGGAGCUUGCUGCAAGAGACGAAGUUGAGAAGUAGUCGUGAAAGAAUCAGUUGCUAGAUUUAGUGUUUAGUGUUUAGGAGUAGCAUGGCCUGUGCUUAUCUUACCAAGAGUCAUCCACAAUCACAAGCUAUAUUCAGUGAGUGUACUUGUCGCAAUGUGGUCUAUAUGUGUUAUAAUUUAUGUGCAACUAGACGAAGUAG